AGUGAAGGACGGGGAGGAGGUUGAGGAGGACGAGGAAGUAGAGGGAGAGGAAGAUGAGGAGAGAGGGGAACGGGCCGGAGGGGGGAAGGGGGAGAAGGAAGGUGAAGCAGAGGAGGAGGAGGGAAGUGCGGGAAAGGAUGAGGUGAAGGCAGGGGAAGAAGGUGGGGAAAGAGGGAGCUUGGUCGGCGAGAUGGAUGAGGGAGAGAAGGGACCGCUUGAGAAGGGAGGAGGGAAAGGUGAGGCCCGGGAGGAGGGGAAAAUGGAGCUUGGUAAAGCGUUGGAGUGUGUGGAUCUGAGUGGGCUUGAGAAUGAUGAGGAGGGGGAGGAAGAAGAGGAGGAGGAAGAGGAGGAAGAGGAGGAGGAAGAGGAGGAGGAAGAGGAGGAGGAAUUGGUAGGUGAAGUGGAGGAGGGGAAGAAGGGAGGGAAGGGAGAGAAGGGAGGAGGAAGCAAAGGGAUGUUGGAGGGUGACCCAGAGACAGAGUGCCUGGAUUUGAGUCGGCCUAAAAAUGCUUCCUAUGUUAAAACCGUGAGUAAUGAGAUGACUUUUGAGGCGCCUCAAAAGGCGUUGGAGCAUGGCAAGGAGACGGAGUGUGUGGAUCUGAGUGGUUCUGAAGAUGAAGAGGAAGAGGGGGAGAAAGUGGAGGCGCAAGAGGAGAAGGAUGAGAGUCGGGAGAAGGAAAGGGAAGCGGGUGGUCGAAGUGGAGGGAAAUUUGGCAGAAGAGAACUUGAUAUUGUGUCCGGUCGAUACUUGCCAGCUCAGCAUUUGCCAGGUCACCAUGUGCCAGCUCAUCACGGGCAAGAGAGCACUCUGCUGCAACCACGUGUACAUAGACCAGGGAGGGAGGAAGAGGCAGCAGAGAAGUUGAAAGGUGUGGGAGGUAGAGGGAGAAGGCAUGCUGAGGAGGCAGGUGUUAAGAGGCGAAGAGAGUUGGGCGGGCGACAUUUCACCGACAGGCAGGGAAUGGAGGGGUGGCACACGGAGGAGCAGGAUGAGGCAGGAAGUCAAGGAGGGGAAGGGAGGGAUGGCGCAGCGCCGCUUGGUGGUGACGAGGCGAGGGUGAAAAGGCGAGGCAUGCGAUAUUUCACAGCGAGGCAGGGCACAGAGAGGUGGCUCACAGCAGAGCAGGAUGACAGGGAACAGAAGGAUGGGGAAAAGAGGGAGGGUGCACCACGGCAUGAUGCAGCAGACGAGGCGAGACCCGAAAAACGGAAGUGCAAUGAUGAUGAUGCCGAUGAUGCUGAUGAUGAUGCUGAUGAUGAGCACGGGCGGUCGCUGGGAGCUAAGGAUGUGCAGGGAGCAGAGGAGGGGCAGGGAGCAGAGGACGUGCAGGAGGUGCGCGUGCGUCUAGAUGUGCCGCAGGUCGGAGGCUCGCACCAUACGUUGGGCCCAACUCAAGGGGAACAGGAGGGACAGGGGGGCAGGGGGGACAGGGGGAGCAAGGAUCAGAGGCAGCGACUGAGGUGCGUGUGAGUCCGGAUGUGGUGGAGGUUGAAGGGACGCAUCGUAUCACCCUCAGCAGCGGCAGUGAGGGGAGCGGAGAGAGAGCAGGGAAAGCGGUGGGGGAAGAGAGCGAGGGGAGUGAGGGGAGUGAGGGGCAAGUGAAGAGCCAGGAGAGCAGAGGAGAGGAUGCCAGCAGUGGCUCUGACUCUGAGUUGGAGAGGGAGGAGAGGAGAGAGGUGGGGGAAAGGAGAGGUAGGGAGGGAGGAGAUAAGGCGAGUCCAAAAGAGAGGUGGAGAGGCGAGAAGAGAAGGGAGGGGCAAGAAGAGGCAGCUGAACGUGCAUUGAGACAGAGGAAGAAGCAACAGCGGAGGAGGGAGCAGCAAUGGAAGGAGCAGCAGCAGUUAGGCAGAUCCUUGAGGGAGAAGCAACGCUGGGACAGGGAGCGCAAGGGGAAGCACGUCCUUUCAGGGUCGCCCCGAUUCCACUCCCCUUCGCUUGUGUCAUUUGGCAUGCAGUCACUCUCGCUUCAAUCACCCUCACCUGCCCAUCCGUCACUCCCUAUACAGUCACAUGUGCAGCGCUGGCUACAGUCACCUCCAGGGCACCGGCCACAGUCACCCCCUGCCCCCACCCGCCCCUCCCCUGCCCCAUGGGAGACCUGCCAAACUCACUUCUCUCCUGCUACAUCCGAACCCCGCCGCUCUCACCCCGUCCUCCCUCCCACUCCUCUCAUCCCCCUCACUCUUCUGCUGCAUCCCAGCCACGCCGUGCCCACCCCUCUCACCUCCCUCACCCCUCUCACCUCCCUCACCCCUCUCACCCCCCUCACUCCUCUGCUGCUGCAUCCGAGCCACGCCAUGCCCACCCCUCUCACCUCCCUCACCCCUCUGCUGCUGCAUCAGAGCCGCGGCGCUCGUCUCGGGUGUGCGAGAGGGAUGAGCAGAAGCAGCGGCAGCUGGCAGAGAUACGGCGAGAGAUGAGCAAGGGUGUGAAGAAACGGCUGCAUGACUUGCUGGAUGUUGAGUGACCGCUGUGAGUUGCAGACACAGCUGCGAGAAUAUGGGAUUGAUAUGGAUGACAGGUGGCCAGGGCAUGGACUGGCUCUCUCAGCAGCAGCAGCAGCAGCAGCAGCAGCAGCAGCAGCAGCAGCAGCAGCAACAGCGGCAGCAGCAGCAGCGGCGGCGGCAGCGUCUGUAGUGGAGGGGAUCUAGGAGACGGCUGUGCAUGCAAGGAGCGGUCGGAGGAACGAGUGGGAGGAAGAACAGUGCGGGGAGAAGGCGAGAGAUGGGCAAGGAGGAUGUGAGGAAACGGCUGGAUGGCUGGCCAGCUGGAGUGAUUGUGGCGUGAGACAUCUGAUCUGAACUGAGCUCAAGACUGUAGGAGCAGCUUGCCUAUUUUCCCCUUAGUGAAUAAACUACUGCAUGGGUUGGGCCGGGUCAAAUUGCCUGGUAGUACUGGUACUAGCUCCAAACUUUGAGACAAAUGGUGCAUUAGCAAUAGAGCAUGCAGAACAUUCCAAUAGCC